GGCGCGAUGGCGGCCCGAGCCCGGCCCGGUGCGGCCGUGGCCCCGGCCCCGGUUCCCCGCGGCCCCGCGGGCUGAGGCCGCGCCCGCCCGCUGCCCUCUGCCGGUGCGCUGCCGGUGCUGCCCGCCGCCAUGGCGCUCAUCGAGGGCGUCGGCGACGAGGUGACGGUGCUGUUCGCGCUGCUGCUGGCGGCCGCCGUGCUGGGGCUCGCCUGGGCCUCCACGCGCGCCCCCGAGCCCGCGGCGCCGCCCGCCGAGGCGGCCCCGAGCACGGCCCCCGCCGAGCGCAAGGCCUCGACCCCCAGCCCGGCCCCGGCCCCGGCCCCGGCCGAGGGAGCGGCCGCCCCGGAUGAGGCGGAGGGGCCGCGGCACCGGAACCCGCCCGCGGCCGCCGCCGAGGGCCCCGCCGAGCCCACGCUGCUGCUGCGGCUCAAGUUCCUGAACGACACGGAGCGCCUGGCGCGGGUGCGCCCCGGGGACACGGUCGGUGCGCUCAAGAGGACCUACUUCCCGGGGCAGGAGCAGCAGGUGCGCUUGAUCUACCAGGGGCAGCUGCUGCGUGACGAUGCCCAGAGCCUGGCGGGGCUGCACCUGGGCCACCUGAGCGUCCUGCACUGCCACCUGUCCCCGCCCAGCGCGGCCCCCGCGGCCCCCGGCAGCCCCGGUCCCCGCAGCCCCGCGCCCGCCGCGCUGGGCGUGGGCAGCCUGGCGCUGCCGCUCUUCGUGCUGCUGCUGGCCCUGCUCUGGUACCUGCAGCUGCAGCACCGACACGUCUUCACCGCCACCGCCACCACCUGCCUGGCCGGCCUCACCCUGCUCGUCACCUUCGUGGCCUUCGCCAUGUACCGCAGAUAGCGCGGCCCGGAGCAGCGCUGGGACACGGGGCGCCCGGAGCCGCAGCCGGGACCCCCGGAGCCUGCCCAGCCCGCCGGGGCCCCGGAGGGCUCUGCGUUCAGCCCGCCCAGCAUAUCGGGGGCGCUGCCCGCUGC